AUGGCGUUUGGAACCCAGGGCUACGGGCACGUGGUCCAGGCUCUGGAACUUAGGAACACAUCCUCAGACGAGUUUUCAGAUGAAGAUGGGUAUCAUUUUGACGAUUUGGAAGGAAAGGAAAAACGGUUACAGAGGCAAGAAUCUCUUCGAUCCGCACAAACACUACUCGAAAAGGUCGGCAACGGCCUGGCAGCUCAAGAAGGCAUCAGACGUUCUGGGGAGCAAAUCAUCCAGGCAUUUGACAAGAUCUUAGCGAUCAUUUACAGCGCUCGGCACGAAGAGAAAGACGGAGGUGACUCUGUCAGAAUUUGGCGCGAGAGGGUGGUCGAAGAGGUAACCAAAAAGCCCACGAUCAUGAAGAACCCCUUCACAUCUGACUUCCUCAUCGCGGUGGAAGAAGUGAUGGAAUACAGUCAUGCUAUCGUACAGCUCGCGGGCUCUGUAGACUCCUUAGAGGAGUUGCAAUCCGCGGAAGACAUUGAUUACAUUAACAUGGACUUCAAAGACACCUCUGGAACACAGUGGGAUGAGACGGAAGACACUCCGGAAACAGGUGCCAGGUUUGCGUCAAGUCUCUGUACCGCCCCUAUGACACCAAAGCAUCAAGCAUUGACCAACGAGACCCACUCUCAGGCUACGACGGGUUGCAAAAGUGGUAAUGCUGCUUCAGAUCUCGUGGGCAAUAACACCAAACCAGGCGGCGGCGAACAGAAGGCAGAGGAGAAGUCACACGAUGUCAGCUCAUCAGCUCCAGAGAAUGGCGCAAGUACAGAGCUUGCCGAAGCAGUCCAGACAUCGCGCAACGAGUUGGAAGAACACAACAUUGUCAAAGAAGACGCCCUCAAGCGAGGUAUCAGUAACUGGUAUAAUGCCAGUAAAAAACCCAACGAAGCCGAAGCUCUGGAUACUCCAGCUAUCACCAAAUUGUGCCUUGAUAUUAUUGAGAGCCAUUUCUAUCCUCUUGGGAUAGUCAAGCAAGCAAUGAAUGUGUUAUCACUGAAACAUUUUCGUGAAGACAAGAGCAAUGGAGACACGACCGGAAUAUCAGACAUUGAGUUGUGUUCUCCAUAA